AUGUACGGCGCGGUGAAGGAGUCCAUGGAGGCGACGGGCAUGCUCGAGAAGGCGGCGAACGUCGCCAAGGUCGCGCGCGAGAAGGGCUGCACGCUCAUGCACGCGCCCAUCUCCUUCGCCGAGGACGGCAGCGACAACCCGAACAAGAAGCUCGGCAUCCUCAACGGCUGCUUCGAGGGGAAGCUGUUCCUCAAGGACACGUGGAACUCGGAGUUCGUCGAGGAGAUGACGCCCGCCGCGGGCGACGUCGUCAUCAAGGGCAAGAAGGGCCUCGACGCGUUUCCGGGGACGGACCUCGAGGCGCAGCUCAAGGCGCGCAAGAUCGAGACCGUCGUCCUCUGCGGCUUUCUGACGAACUGCUGCGUCGAGUCGACGAUGCGCACGGCCUUCGAGAAGGGCUUCAACACGAUCACGCUCACGGACUGCUGCGCGACGACGUCCGCGGACGGCCACAGGGGCGCGACGGAGGGCACGUUCGGCCUCUUCUCGUCGCCCAUGACCGCCGAGGACUUCCUCGCCAAGCUCUGA